AUGACCGGAAUAUCGAACGCUCAGAAGGCCCAGCUACAUGAAGUUGCACAUUUUAUGCUGAAGAUUUACCAGACUCUUGCACAGAUGCGGUACCUUGAUCCUAAGACGAUUCAAACUGGGCCUCACGACAUCUCCAAAAUGCGCCCGGUGUACGAGAAACAUGGGCUGGACCCAGCUAUCAUCUACCUCUAUAGCAUCCUUCCCUAUGUGGACUCACAAAUUGCAAACACCAGCCUUUUUGAUGGCAGUUCUUUCAUGGACUUUCGUGACGAGUCCUGCGUUGAAGACGGCCGUGAUCCGUUAUGCCCCGGGCCCUCGGAAGAGGACGGAGACGGGCCAUACAUGCGUCCCUGGAUGACGGCGUUAUCACAGAUGGGAAGCCACACAAGUGUUAUCAUACAUGAUGCACGAAAGCACCGCAUCUGGAUUCCUGAUCCUGUGGAGAAUUGCAGCUGCGACCCGGCGCUAUACGAUGUGCCGCAUGAAGCGCCCGAGAGCGAGAAGAGGACUAACUUUGAGCACCUUCCUAGCAGGCCUGCGGGAGAUGUACUACCAGGUGGAAGCGACGAUAGCUGCAUUGAGUGGGAUGCUGGAAGGCUAGAAGUGAAAGGGCUGUAUCGGAUGCACGGAUGGCCGGGCAACUUCGAUGGCGAUGCAUUUCAGGUGGAUCAACUAAGGGCUUUAGAUAUGAUCUCAGUGGAAGAGAGUGAUCGCAAAAUUGCAAGAUUGCAAAAAUCACUUGCUGCAGCGAAGAGCAAGGACGAAGAGUGGGUGUUCCGGAUGGAGCUUUGGAAGGCAGAAAGGUCUUUUCGCAGAAACAACAAAGAUCUCCUGGAGGAGGAGCGCAAAUUAAUCGCCCAGGAAUACUCUCAGACCAAGAGAAAGCUUGAGUCGGCGCAGGGCAGAAUAAGAAGCGCUAGGAGAUGGUUGGAAGAAAAAUCCAAGGACGCCGAUGCCUAUACUGUUAAAACAGUACGAGAACGCCUUCGCGGAUAUGAGCAGGAGGCAGCAGUCUACGAAAAGGUCCAGAAGGCGAUCGAGGGUUCGCCAAGGAGAAAGAGGCCUCUUUAUGGAAAGACGUGGCCCUACAUUUUCAAGGGGAGCUCGACGCGCUACGGGAAUGGGCUGCUCAAAUCCCUGCUGAUGCCGAGCACGCAAAAGUGAAGGCUAACGAGCAGAUCCAAGAUUAUGAACAGUCGGUCGCGGCAAAGACAGCUACUACAUGGCUGACCAAGCCGGGGUUAUUUGAAGCUCGGCGUUGAUCUACUACCCUUGGGUAUUAUUUAGACCGUUUUUAUAAAGGGAACCAUGUCCAGUAUGAUCUGUUUUAUACUGUUUAUUUGCAGAGGUCUUCCUCUAGAACUAAAUAGCAUAUAUCCCAUCUGAACGACC